CUUCCAAACAACUCCUAGUGAAGGCUUCACGACCAUUUAGCCUCUCCGCUCCGGCAGCAUCCUUAUCCCUACAACAUCCUACCGCAAGCACAUACCAGCGACGAUCAUCAUGAAGCUCCUCUCACUUCUCCUCCUCCUCGGCGUUACUUUGGCCAUCCCACUUGAUUCGCCAUCUGACGCUCCGCCUCCUCUGGACCCGGACACCGCUAUUGACGCCGCCCGUGGCUGCGGCACUAUCUGGAAGCUCGGUGACCAGAUCUCCUACGGCCUACAAGGCGACGCUGGCUGCCACACUCUUCCCGUGGUCGCAACAAAUUACAUGGUCGGCAAGGGCUGCGCCUGCAUCGCUUACAACGCGCCGACUUGCAACUUCCUCGACCAAGGCCAGGUGAACGAUUUCAUGACCGGCCCCGCGCAGGGCCGCCUGAAGACGCCGUCCAAAUACUACGCCUGCCGAGAGUGGCCAGCAUCGACUUCAGACACGCUCGAAGCAAAGUCCCUGCCCGACUCCGCUCCUGCUGCAGCCGCUUCCGACGUGCUCGAGGCAAAGCCUCUAAAUGAGUCUUCUCCUUCUGUCGAAGCGAGCACCGCCGGCUCCGAAGGCCGCGGUUGCGGCAGUAUCUGGGUAGAUGGCGACGUUCUUGGGUAUCCCAUGCAGGGCGAUGCAUUCUGUCACACGCUCGAGAUCCAUUGCAACAAAUGGGAAGUGGCUCCGGGUUGUCUAUGUGUCGCUUACAAUUCUAAAAAUUGCAACGACAAUUCGGUCACCUACUUCCAGUGGGGCCCUGUCCAGGCGAAGCUGCGCGUUCCGACGAAAUACUACGCUUGCUUUGGAUAGAGGCAUUGUGGGCUUGGGUACUUGGCGAUCUUGAAUGAGCGUUUGGAUAGCCUCACCGUUUGAUCAUCUUUAUCCCUCGCAUGGGUUUGCAGGGGCGUUAUGGGGUACGGCAUAGGUAACAUGUCUCUCUGGGUUCUGUACGGCUAGACUUUCGAAUAGACUGGGCUCCAUCGCUAAUCGAU